CUGCCAAUGUGCAGCCCAACCCAUUUUGGCCGCCACUUCAUUCCUGGUGAGAAACAACGCCUUCUAGCCUAGGUCUCCUCGUCGUCUUCUCCGUCUCCGCCGCCGCCGCCGCCGCCGAGGCGGCCUCCGUCUUCUCAAGAGAAUCAAGUUGAGUAAAGCAGCGGACGUGCUCGCCGUCGACGCGUACCGGACAUGGCGGCCUCAAGGACGGCGUCGAUGUGCGCCCCGGAGAAGGCGCAGGGCAUCCACACGUUCGACGUCUUCGGCUACAGCCUGCACAGGGGCAUGGGCGUCGGCCGUCGCGUCAGCUCCGGCGUGUUCUCCGUCGGCGGCCACGACUGGACCAUCCACUUCUACCCGGAUGGGUACAGCGAGAGAUGCAAAGAUUGCAUCUCUGUUCAUCUUUUUCUCCUGAGCAAGGGCGCGGUAAGGGCGUCCUGCGACCUGCGGCUGGUGGACCUGACUACCGGGGUGUCGUCGUCGGUGCACAAGACAGAGCCCAGGGUGUUCAACCCAAACGACAGCAGCAGGAUGGCUCCACAGGAGGGCAAUUUCAAGAGGAGGAGCGAGCUGGAGGCAUCUGGGUACCUCCGGGACGAUCACCUCAGGAUUGAAUGCGUCAUCACUGUCCUGAAAGAACCACUGCUGUCUCAAACCAAAUCAGCUCCAAGGAUUGAGGUGCCUCCAUCAGACAUCACAGCGCACCUUGGAAAGUUACUGGAGGCAGAGAAGGGAGCGGACGUGACACUGAGCGUGGGAGGAGAGACCUUCGCAGCACACAAGGCCAUCCUCGCGAUCCGGUCACCAGUAUUCAAGGCGGAGAUCUAUGGGCCGAUGAGUGAGACAGGGAUGCAGCUUAUUUGCAUCAAGGACAUGCAGCCUGCUGUCUUCAAAGCACUUUUGCAUUUCAUCUACACAGACGCACUGCCUUCCAUGAGUGAUCUUGAGGGAAAUGAACACGGUGAAAUGAUCCGGCACUUGCUUGUCGCUUCGGAUAGGUAUGCCAUGGAUAGGCUAAAGCUGAUAUGCCAGAGUAUACUUUGCGAAGGUCUUAAUGUGCAGAAUGUGGCAACCACACUGGCUUUAGCUGACCAGCAUCAUUGUGACUUGCUCAAGGAUGCCUGCAUUGAGUUUAUAUCCUCUGCAACAAUGGAUGGUAUAGUGGCAACUCAAGGGUUCAUGGAUCUCAAGAGAGACUGCCCUGCUGUCUUAGUGGAUGCAUUCAUCAAGAUGAGUAUCAUCCACAAAUCAUAGAUGAGGAGCUCACUGUUAGCUGUUAGUCCAUGGCAUGGCAACGACGCUGACAUGACAUGCUUAAUCAUGGUUACCUUGAAAUUAUGAGCUGUCCAAGUGUGAUGGAUGCUCUGGUGGCAACCCCAGGUUACAUCAAACUUUUUUUUAAAAAAAAACCUUGCCCAUCUGUUGUAUUUUAUAUACUUGAGCAGGCAAGUAGGUUUCGUGAAGCAUGAGCAGCUCCUCGAUCUGGAGCUGAAUUUGUCAGUAGAAUGAGUUUUUGUUUGCCAUGUUUUGCUGGAGCGGCUCUUCCUACUUAACUUGAACAUGUGGAUGAGCAACUCAAUGUUAGAUGGGUCUAAGUGUGUUUAGUUUAGUUUUUAAGUUAUUGGAAUAGCAUGCUAGUUAUUUAUAUGCUCGCAGUCUAAGCUACUAAAGGUUACUACUGUAGUACAGUCUGAGUUUUGUAAUCAAGAUGCAGAUUGUAUCUCUUGAUGACUGAAUGCAUGAAUUGUGUGCUUCUCAUAAGAAAUGAUGUUCCCUACAUAUAACAUUUACUUGUCUUCUACAA